AUGCCAUCUCCUCCUCCAGAUUGGGUCAAGGCCCUGAAGCCACAGGGCCCGCAAGGCUCCGAGCUGCUCGCUCAAGAGCGGGCGCAAUCCAACGUCAAUGUCGAGAAGCUCUCGGAGUUACUCCACACCAAAGAAUAUUUGGAGCGCCAGGAGAAGCUGCUGAAGUUGCUCCAGCCAGAGAAGGUCUUUGACAAGUCUCAAAACCACAGUCUCGGCCGUGUCGAGCGACUUCAGCGCUCGCUAGCCAAGGGGAAGCGCUUGCAGCAAAUGGCGGUGCAGUACAAAUGGGAUGCGGACGAAUAUCUCAAAGCCAACGACCUGAUUGGCGAGCCAACCCCUUAUGGACUACACGCGAGCAUGUUCUUGGUCACCCUUCGUGAGCAAGGAACCCCUGAACAACACGAGCUCUUCCUUCGCCGGGCAGAGAAAUACGAGUACAUUGGCUGUUAUGCUCAAACUGAGCUCGGGCAUGGCAGUAAUGUGCGUGGACUCGAGACUCGAGCAGACUGGAACCCUGAAGAUCAGACUUUCACCAUCAACUCGCCCACUCUGACAAGCUCGAAAUGGUGGAUUGGCUCCCUCGGUCGCGCCGCAAAUCACGCUGUGGUGAUGGCUCAGCUAUACAUCGGAGGAAAGAACAUGGGCCCUCACCCAUUCGUGGUGCAGAUCCGGGACCUCGAGACCCAUCAGCCCCUGGAGAAUGUCUAUGUGGGUGACAUCGGUCCCAAGUUCGGUUACAACACCAUGGACAAUGGUUUCUUGCUGUUCAACAACGUGAAAAUCCCUCAUGUCAACAUGCUGGCACGUUUCUCUCGGGUUGACAAGGAGACUGGCAAGUAUGUUCGUCCUGCGUCACCGAGCCUGGUUUACGGAACCCUUACAUGGGUUCGCUCCAACAUCGUCCUUCAGGCCGGUGGUGUUCUGGCUCGCGGUGUCACCAUCGCGACCCGCUACUGUGCUGUCCGAAGGCAAUUUCAGGACCGCGACGCAGCAGCCAAUUCGGAGGAGAACCAAGUCCUCAACUACAAGAUGGUUCAAGUUCGUCUGUUGCCGCUUCUGGCUGCCAUGUACGCGCUGCAUUUCACUGGUCGCGGCAUGAUGCGUCUUUACCAAGAAAACCAGAACCGCAUGAAGGCUUCUUCCUCUACUAGCGAAGACACGCGGGGCGCUGGACCCGAGGAGCUGCGUGCCGGUGCGGAACUUCUCGCCGAUCUGCAUGCUACCUCUUGUGGUCUUAAAGCCCUUGCUAGCACGUCUGCUGGUGAAGGUCUUGAGAUUUGCCGCCGUGCUUGUGGAGGUCACGGCUACAGUAGUUACAGCGGCAUCGGACCUUGGUACUCUGACUACUUGCCUACUCUUACCUGGGAAGGUGACAACUACAUGCUGACCCAACAAGUCGCCCGCUACCUCCUCAAAUCUGCUCGUGCCGUUCUGGCUGGCAAAGAUGCUGGCAAUGAUACUGCCCGAAUUCUCCGAACCUACCUUGAUCGUCGUGACAAGGGUGCGUCAUUCGAUGUCCUUGACACUGAUGCAGAUAUCGUGGCUGCUUUCGCAUGGCGCACUGCCCACCUUACCUUCGAGGCUCUGAAGCACCGUGAUGGCGAGAAGCGAUCAUGGAACAGCCUGCUGGUUGACUUCUGGCGUCUUUCCACCGCUCACUCGCAGUACCUGGUUGUCAAGAACUUCUAUGAGGCUGUCUCUUCGCCCGAACUCUCAUCUGCACUGGACCCAGAGACCAAGACGCUCAUGCACCAUCUUUUCCAACUUUACGCUCUGCACACUCUUGAGCGCGAAGCGGCUGAGUUCUUCUCGUCUGGUGCCGUGACUGUCCGCCAGAUCACCCUCGCCCGCACAACAGCUGUGAUGAAACUGCUCGAUGAGAUUAGGCCCCACGCUGUUCGCUUGGUUGAUGCCUGGGCCAUUCCAGACUGGCAGCUGGAUAGUAGUCUUGGCCGUUACGAUGGCAAGGUCUACGAGGAUCUGUUCCGUCGCGCCAGCCAGGAGAACCCCGUGAAUGACUUCGUGUUUGAUCCAUAUCCUUGGAACGAAGCAGUGCUCAAGAACGAGCCUCCCAAGAGCAAGCUUUAA